AUGCCGCGAAGCCCACCCCCCAAGAAAAUCCGGCUCGCAGGCAAACAAGCCGCUGCGGAUGCUGAAGGCUCCAGUGGCGCUGCGUGGGUUCGGGCAUCUGCGCCAGGCGAACCGCGAGCUGCGGAUGCAACGAGAAAGCUCGACGUGGAUGACCUGCCCACGCCCUGCUACGUGGGCUACCGCUCGGUGAUCGCGCGGAACGCCGAGCGCAUGCUUUCGCGGGCGAAAGAUCUGGGCUGCAAGCUGCGGCCGCACAUGAAGACCCACAAAACCGCAGAAGGCGCUGUGCUGGCCACCGGCGGCACCAAGCGCUGCCUCGCCGUCUCCACCUUGGCAGAGGCGGAGUUCUACGCGGACCACGGCUUCGAGGACAUCUGCUACGCGGUGCCCAUCACCAAGGAGAAGCUUCCGCGGGCCUUCGCGCUGCUGAAGCGGCUGCAGGCCUUCCACGUCUCGGUGGACCACCCCGCAGCGGUGGAGGCCUUGUGCGGCUUCUACGCGGCGCCCAGGAAGUGGUCCGUCUUCCUCAUGGUGGACUGCGGCUAUGGCCGUGACGGGGUGGACCCCGCAGAGGAAGCCUCGGCGAAGUUGGCGCAGCGCCUCGCCACCUCGGGGAACACCCAGCUGGCGGGGCUGUACACCCACGGCGGCCACUCCUACGACGCUCGCGGCGCUUCAGAGACCUCCGCGGAUCCCGCCCGCCGCCGCGUGGCCGCGGUGGCGGAGGCGGAGGGAGAAGCCGUGGCCGGCUUCGCGGCCAAGCUCCGGAAAGCGCCCUGGAACCUGCAGGUGCCAGUGGUGGGUGUGGGGUCUACACCAACCUGCUCCAACCCUCCGGAGCAGGGCUGGCCUGGGGUUACAGAGAUGCACCCCGGGAAUUACAUCUACUACGACACCAUGCAGGAGAGUCUAGGCUCUUGCCAGGAGGAGGACAUCGCGGUGCGGGUGCUGAUGCGAGUCAUCGGCGCCUAUGAGAAGAAGAACCUGCUCCUCGUGGACAUGGGCUGGACGGCUUGCUCCAAGCAAGGUGAGCAGCAUGACUUCGGGCGGAUCGAGAACCACCCGGAGCUGAGGGUAGUGAACCUGAAGCAGGAGGCUGGGCUCAUCUCCUCGAGCGACGGGGAGCCCUUGGACUUCGCCCGCUUUCCGCUAGGCACGCUGCUGCGCUUGGAGCCCUAUCACUCCUGCGCGCACACCAAGCAGCACGACAAGAUCUAUGUCUUAGACGACGACCGGCGCACCGUGCUGGAGACCUGGGCCGAGCUGGAGCGGGCUACGAGCCGGAUUGAAGAGGUGGCAAGGAGAUUCCAGGCGGUCAAGGAGCAGUUCGCUGCUCAGGCUGUGGUGCUUCAAGAGGACUUCCCAGUCGAGCCAGAUCUUGGCACUUUAGAGGCCGCGGUGGAGGAGGCUUGCCGGCGAGCUGAGCAGUUCUGCCUGCCAGGAGAGGACGCCGCUUCCAGCGCGUGCUGUGACCAUCCGCCAGGCGAGAAGGAGCCGGUGAGUUCUCAGGCAGUGCCACCGUCCGAGUGGCUUGGGCUGGAGGAGCCGGUUUGCGCUGCCCGCCCGGAGUUGCCAGAGGCGGACCUCGCUGCCAAGCCGGACCGGUGGCCAGACGCGCAGAUUUGGCAGGAGAGCGCGAGCGCAGCUCAGCAGGACUGGUGGCAAGAUGCCGAGCAGCAGUUGGAGGAGGAGCGUCAAGCGGCACAGGCCCAAUUGCAAGAUGAGCGCAAGGACGAUCAAGAUGAUUGGCAAGGCACAAGGGAAGCCCCAACGGAGGAUGGAAAGGAGUCUUGGAAGGAGGCUGGCUGGCAAAGUGCCGGUCAAGAUUCGUCGCAGGGCUGGUGGCAAGAUGAUCGAGAUGCUGCCCGCAACGAUUGGCAGGCUGGCUGGCAAGGUGCUGAUCAAAAUUCGCGGAAGGGCCGGUGGCAAGAUGACCACGAUGCUGGCCGCAACGGUUGGCAGGACGAUCAGGAAGAUUGGCAAGCUGACAGACGAGAAUUGUGGAGGGAGGCUGGCUGGCAAAGUGCCGAUCAAGAUGCACGGAAGGUUUGGCGGCAAGAUGAUCAGGAUGCUGACCGCAACGGUUGGCAGGAUGAUCAGCAUCGUUGGCCAGCUGACGGAGGGGAAUGGAGGGAGGCUGGCUGGCAAAGUGCUGAUCAAGAUGCACGGAAGGUUUGGCGGCAAGAUGAUCAGGAUGCUGACCGCAACGGUUGGCAGGAUGAUCAGCAUCGUUGGCCAGCUGACGGAGGGGAAUCGUGGAGGGAGGCUGGCUGGCAAAGUGCUGAUCAAGAUGCACGGAAGGUUUGGCGGCAAGAUGAUCAGGAUGCUGACCGCAACGGUUGGCAGGAUGAUCAGCAUCGUUGGCCAGCUGACAGAGGGGAAUCGUGGAGGGAGGAUGAUCAGCAUCGUUGGCCAGCUGACAGAGGGGAAUCGUGGAGGGAGGCUGGCUGGCAAAGUGCUGAUCAAGAUGCACGGAAGGUUUGGCGGCAAGAUGAUCAGGAUGCUGACCGCAACGGUUGGCAGGAUGAUCGGCAUCGUUGGCCAGCUGACGGAAGGGAAUGGAGGGAGGCUGACUGGCAAGGUGCCGAUCAAGACGCACGGAAGGGCUGGUGGCAAGAUCACCAGAAUGCUGACCGCAAUGAUUGGCAGGGCCAGUGGCACGAUGCGAACCGCGAUGGGCAGGAUGCCUGGCAAUCUGGCGAUGGUUGGCGAGACGGAGAUAGCUGGCAGGAUUGGCGGGGAGCUGACAGAGAAGACGCCUGGCAGGAUACUGGGAGAGGUUGGUGA